AUGGGAAAAGCCAUGUGUAGUCAUUUGUUGGAUGCGGGUUAUGCCUGCACUGUUUACAACCGCACCUUAAGUAAGUGCGAUGACUUGGCGAAGAAGGGAGCCAAAGUCGUGAAGAGCCCGAUUGAAGUGGGAAAGGAGUGUGAUGUUGUGUUCAGCAUCGUUGGAUAUCCGAAGGAUGUGCGCGAAGUGGUAUUGGGUGAGAAGGGAGUUCUGAAUGGUCUCAAGAAGGGCGGAAUCUUCGUUGAUAUGACAACCAGCGAGCCCUCUUUGGCCAGCGAGAUUUACUCGGUAGGGAAAAGCAAGGGCAUUGCUACUCUGGAUGCUCCUGUGUCUGGAGGAGAUAUUGGCGCUCGUGACGGCAAGCUGUCGAUCAUGGUUGGUGGAGACAAGAACACGUUUGAGGAAGUGAUGCCUCUGUUCCAAUGUAUGGGAACGAACAUCAAAUACAUGGGUGGAAGUGGCUGUGGCCAGCACACAAAGAUGGUGAACCAGAUAUUGAUCUCCACGAUGAUGAUCGGUGUGUGUGAAGGUCUGAUUUAUGGAUACAAAGCAGGCUUGAAUCUGGAAGAAGUGAUCGCAGCGGUGGGCGCUGGCGCUGCUGGCUCGUGGAGCAUUAACAACCUUGGACCGCGCAUGCUGAAGCGCAAUUUCGACCCUGGUUUCUUUGUGGAUCACUUCAUUAAGGACAUGGGAAUCGCGCUGGACGAAGCUCGUCGAAUGAAUCUCUCGCUGCCGGGAUUGGCGCUGGCGAACCAGCUGUAUCUGAGCGUGAAGGCGCAAGGAAACGGAAAGCUGGGAACGCAGGCGCUGCUGCUGGCGUUGGAGUCGAUGAACGGCAUGAAGGAGGGAAUUAGCGUAUCGAAGAAGUAGAGAGAGGGGAGGAAAAUAGAAUGGAAACUGGUAUGAGUUGAGAAUUU